CGCCCUCAGUGAGCGCUGCUACCCCACACCCUGGGCUUUGCCGACUCUCUGAGUUGCCGGAAGCGGAAGUUGCUAAGGGGAGGGGGAAGUUGUCGGGAAAGUGUCGGGUUGACUUCCAGCUCCUUGAGUUCGCGUCUUGGUUGCCAGAGCAGACUCCCGUCAUGGGCAACACGAGCAGUGAGCGCUCCGGGCUGGAGCGGCACGGUGGCCAUAAGACGCCCCGGAGGGACAGCUCAGGGGGCACCAAGGACGGGGACAGGCCCAAGAUCCUGAUGGACAGCCCCGAGGACGCCGACCUCUUCCACUCCGAGGAAAUCAAGGCUCCAGAGAAGGAGGAAUUCCUGGCCUGGCAGCAUGAUCUGGAAGUGAAUGAUAAAGCUCCCGCCCAGGCUCGGCCAACUGUAUUUCGAUGGACAGGAGGUGGAAAGGAAGUUUACUUAUCUGGGUCCUUCAACAACUGGAGUAAACUUCCCCUCACAAGAAGCCACAAUAAUUUUGUAGCCAUCCUGGAUCUGCCGGAAGGAGAGCAUCAGUACAAGUUCUUUGUGGAUGGUCAGUGGACACACGACCCUUCUGAGCCAAUAGUAACCAGCCAGCUUGGCACAGUUAACAACAUCAUUCAAGUGAAGAAAACUGACUUUGAAGUAUUUGAUGCUUUAAUGGUGGAUUCCCAAAAGUGCUCCGAUGUGUCUGAGCUGUCCAGUUCCCCCCCAGGACCCUACCAUCAGGAGCCCUACGUCUGUAAACCAGAAGAGCGGUUUAAAGCACCACCUAUUCUCCCUCCACACCUGCUCCAGGUCAUCCUGAACAAGGACACAGGGAUUUCUUGUGAUCCAGCAUUGCUCCCCGAGCCCAAUCACGUCAUGUUGAACCACCUCUACGCACUUUCUAUCAAGGAUGGAGUGAUGGUGCUCAGUGCAACUCACCGGUACAAGAAAAAAUAUGUCACCACUUUGUUAUAUAAGCCCAUAUGAAGAGCUGGGAGCCAACGGUGGGCCCCUGGAAACGGCUCACACCACCAGGCUCCACACAUGCAUGGUUCCCUUUCAAGGGAAGGGACUGUAAAUUUCUCAUUUCACACUCUUUAUAUGACAUUUCAUACCUGCCCUAGUCCUACCUGAAGGCUUGUCCAGGCACGGCAGCUCCUGAAGAGACUGGGUCUGUACCAGUCCUCUUAACACUGUGGCUGCAAGCUGCAGGGGUCUCCUCAAGGCCAAGAGAGGAGUGGGGCGCUGCAGAGGACCUGCAUCCACUGCUCCAAAGUGCAUGAGGCCAGUGUCAUUCUAAUCUACAUCUAAUCUACAUCCUCUCUACUGGCCUCACAUUCUUAAGCUCACCACUUUGCUAGUAAAAUAAUCUAUAAGCAGGGACUAAAGCCACACAAAAUCUCUAAUCAUCUGUGCAUUUAUAAGGACAGUGGCUUGUUCCUCUUGAGGCCUGGCUGUGAAGUACAGUGUUGGUCUUGCCUGUCCUUCAAAAUCAAAGCAAUAAAUUAUCUCCCAUUCUCUAACCCAGGGAGGUGUAAUUUCUGUAGAAAUUAGAAGCUAUCUGAUUUCCAGAUGAAGUUUUACAAUUGUUUCACACUUACGUACACAAGUACUGUUUUCCUAACCAGCGGCAGCUGGCUGUACAGCCUUAAGGCAAUUUUCAAGUCAGAAUAUAGAUCAUGUGAACUGUGCUCAGCAAUAAUCUGUUCUCAGAACAGACUUAUAAAUCCACUGCUGGAUUUCUCCAUUAAGCUGGAUGAUCCUGAAGACUGACCACUGUUGGCUGGAAGGUGUUCUGCUUUUUAUUCCAGUUGUAAGGAGGUGACUGUUGCCAUGAAAACUUUGGAGAAUUUUCCCAUUCUCCUAGUCGAUUACAGCCUGUGCCACCUUGUUCAGGACCUCUGCCCCUAGUUAGCAAAAAGGCUGCAGCAGUUGCUGUUGCACAUUCUGGAAGAAAUUUAGAACUUGACAGCACCCUUAUCCUUUUGAUCAAAGUGGACCUCUAUUACAUUUGGCUUGGUUUCCAGGGAAAUGUGCCACAGAUGUGGCCAUUAGCAUAGGUUCCUUCCCCCAUCAGCAGAAGCUAUCAUUAUACUCUUUGUUCCUGCUGGGAGAGGGAAGAACAAGCUCCCAGGUUUCCAGUAUUUAUUUGGUUAACCUGAGUUCAGGGUACUCUUUUUUUUUUUUGUAACUAUUUUCAAAACAAUGAAUUACUGUCACCAUGACGUACAAGUUUCAAUAAAGCUUUGUAAAGAUAAU